AUGGCACCGAAGCGGCCUGAUCCCGUCGAGAGCCCCCCUGCUGCGUCUUCAAGUGAAGACGAAGAUGAAGUAGAGUCUUCAUCUGAGGAAGAGACGGAUCAGGACGAGAAGAAAGAGGGGCUAGCUUCCGAUGACGAAGUCGACCCUCCGGUGAAGAAGAGGCCGGAGGCUACAGCUCCGGUGGCGGCGAGGAAUCUGAAUCGGAAGCCGGAAGCUUCGGAGUCUGAAUCCGAGUCCGGUUCUCAGACGGAGUCUGAGUCGGAAUCUGAGCCUGAGAGAAUCACCAACGAUGCUGUGAAGCCUCUCGCUACCAAACCAACGCGAGAACCUAACAAACCCAGAUCGGAUGUUGUAGAUUUGCCGGCGAAUCCCGCGGCCAAGCGCCCCUCGACGGAGCUGGGGAAAGAGGGCAAGGUAUCGAAGCCAAUGGGUUUGCCGGCGAAUUCCGCAGCCAAGCGCCCCUCGACGGAGAUGGGGAAAGAGGGUAACGCAUCAAAGAGGGCGAAGAAGAUGGAAGACGUGAAAAAGCCCGAUGACAGUGAGAGUAAGAAAACGGGAGAGGAUUCCAAGAAGCAGCUGUUUCAGAGAUUAUUUAGUGAAGAGGAUGAGAUCGCUUUACUACGAGGUAUGCUCGAAUUCACAGCUAAUAAUGGAGACCCCUAUGAUCAUACGGAUGCAUUCUGUGAAUUCGUGAAGAAAUCUAUCAAUUUUAACGCUACUAGAGCUCAGCUAUUUGAUAAGAUUAGGAGAUUGAGGAAGAAGUUUGAGAAAUCGGUCAAGAAGUCAGUUAAGAUGGGGAAGAACGGAGAAGACCGUGUUUAUUCAAAGGCCCAUGAUCAAAAGGCCUUUGAUUUGUGGAAGAAAAUAUGGGGUAGCGAUGGAGCUCUGCAAUCUGCGCAGAAAUCAGCCAAGUCGAAGAAGAAUCAGGGAGGGAGCUCCAAAGCUCGGGUUGUUCUUGCUUCACCUAAGAGGGGAGAGGCGAAAAUGGAAGAAGAUAAAGAGGUUGUGAGUAAUUUUGCUCCCGUAGGUUGCAAGAACAUGGGUAUUACAGGCAGAGAUAUGGCAUCUUUGUUGAAAAUGGAGAACGAUGACGGAUUUAAUGAGCUUGCAGUGAUGGAAGGUUGGGAUAUGGUUGAUGGAGCAAAGAAGAGAGAAUUAGAGGAGAAGUGGAAGAAGAUCCGGGCUGGUCAGAUGGAACUGCUUUUGCAGCGGAAUGAGUUCAUUGGCGAGGCGGCGAGGCUGAUAUUCGAGGCAGUGAAGGCAAACGUGGCUGGUUUUGGCCAUUAG